AUGGAGCUCUUUAAGCAGUCGCUAACUACCGGGUGGACUUUCAGGGACCGCGAUGCCGAAGACUGGAUGCCAGUCCCGGCGGUGCCCUCCGUGGUGCAGCAGGAUCUCAUCGCAAACCAGAAACUGGAAGACCCAUUCAUCGGCUUCAAUGAAUUGAAAGCCCGCUGGGUGAAUGAAAAGUCAUGGGUUUACAAGAACACAUUCCAGAGACCGGACGUCCCUGAAGGCUCGGCGAUUGACCUAGUUUUCGAGGGCCUCGAUACAUUCGCUACGGUUAAGCUCGAUGGUCAGACGAUUCUCAAGAGCGACAACAUGUUCGUCGGUCACCGGGUCAAUCUCGCCAGGGCCUCAGAAGCCGGGAGCGAGCACACUCUGGAAAUCGAGUUCGACUGUGCCUUGCUAAGGGCUCGUGAGCUUCGAAGCCAAGACCAAAAACACAAGUGGGUGGGCUUUAAUGGUGACCCGUCUCGCCUAGCAGUACGCAAAGCACAAUAUCACUGGGGUUGGGACUGGGGUCCUGUCUUGAUGACUGCGGGCAUUUGGCGUGCUGUGCGGUUGGAAGUAUACACUGCUCGAAUUGUUGAUCUUUGGCCACAAAUCCAACUGGCUGUGGAUCAUCAGACUGCCGAGAUCACCUCGGUCGCUAAGGUCGAGACAGUGACUACUGGGGACUAUCUAGCUCGAUUUUCGUUGAAAUUAAAGGGUAUUGAAAUUGCACAGCAGGACGUUCCUGUCUCGGCCGACCAAAAUGCUUCAGUCACAUUCCGUGUGAACCGCCCUGAGCUCUGGUGGCCCCAUGGAUAUGGCGAACAGACUCUAUACGAGGUCUCUGUCACACUUCUGCGUAAUGGCGAAACGGUCGAUCAAGUUGACAAGAAAAUUGGUAUCAGAACGGCGGAAAUUAUCCAACAGCCGGACAAGCAUGGCAAAUCAUUUUUCUUCCGAAUCAACGGGAUGGAUAUCUUCUGCGGCGGAUCAUGUUGGAUUCCCGCCGACAGUUUAUUGCCGAGUAUUAGUGCAGCGCGAUACCGCAAAUGGAUUGAGCUGAUGGUGGAAGGCCGGCAGAAUAUGAUUCGGGUCUGGGGUGGUGGAAUCUACGAAGACGACUCCUUUUAUGAAGCUUGCGACGAGCUCGGCGUGAUGGUCUGGCAGGACUUCAUGUUUGGCUGCGGCAAUUAUCCAACCUCGCCUCAGAUUCUCGAAUCAAUCCAGCAGGAGACAGUAUUCAACGUUCAACGCCUCCGACACCAUCCGUCAAUUGUGAUCUGGGUCGGUAACAAUGAGGACUAUCAGGUGCAAGAAUCCGAGGGUCUGACUUAUGACUUCGAGGAUAAGGAUCCUGAGAGCUGGCUAAAGACGGACUUUCCGGCACGCUACAUCUACGAGAAGCUACUGCCGGAGGUUGUCGCUGAGCAUGCUCCCGGAACAUUUUAUCAUCCGGGAAGCCCAUGGGGCGAUGGAAAGAUCUCUUCCGACCCGACUGUUGGGGACAUGCAUCAGUGGAAUGUCUGGCAUGGCACACAAGAGAAAUACCAGAUAUUCGACACUCUUGGCGGACGAUUCAACAGUGAGUUUGGCAUGGAAGCAUUCCCUCACUUGUCAACAAUCGAGCACUUUGUCGAAAACCCAGCAGACAUGUUUCCACAGUCUCAUGUGAUGGAUUUCCACAACAAAGCUGAUGGCCAUGAGCGACGGCUGGCAACUUACAUGGUGGAAAAUCUGCGGACCGCUACGGACCUCGAAACAUACAUCUAUCUCACGCAGGUCGUGCAGGCAGAGACAAUGAUGUUCGGCUAUCGAGGCUGGCGACGGCAAUGGGGGGACGAGCGACACUGCGGCGGAGCUCUACUCUGGCAACUCAACGAUUGCUGGCCGACCAUCUCCUGGGCAAUUGUGGACUACUUCUUGAAACCCAAACCAGCCUACUACGCCGUGAAGCGAGUCCUCAACCCGAUCGCAGUCGGCGUCCGACGCGAGCAUCAUGAUUGGAGUGUAGCCCACGCCCAACCUCCGCAAGCUAGCAAGUAUGAACUCUGGGUAGUCAGCAGCCAGCCACAUGUCCUCCAGGGCAGCAUCGAGCUACGGUUCUUAUCGGUGACCACGGGACGCGACAUCCGAUCUCCGAUUGCACGCGAUGUCACGAUUCAGGCUAACGGAACUACGGAUGUGAUAACGGGGUCGAUUGACCACACGACCGACGAACCACAUGUCCUUGCCGCGCGGCUGUGGGUGGAUAACAAGGUCGUUGCGCGUGAUGUAGACUGGCCGCAGCCAUUGAAGUACCUCGAUCUAUCGGAUCGAGGCCUUGAAAUCCAGGUGCACCGCGACUCGGAUCAAGCAUGUGUGGAGAUUCAUGCGCGGAAGCCGGUCAAGGCUCUGGUUAUCGAAGAGCAGGAGGGCGUUCGAAUCAGUGACAACGCGAUAGAUAUCGUGCCGGGCGAUGCGCAAACUGUGAUUGUCACGGGCUUGGGGAACCGAUCGUUCAAGUACCGUUACCUGGGACAAGAAGCCUGUGGUGUCUUGGAGUGA